AUAGAACCUUCACUCCAAAUCGGGCUGCGUUCGGAGCAGCAUCUCUCGUGGCAAAAGCUCCCCAAGCUUAGGAGUUUAGUGAUCCUCGUCCUGCGUGUGUGUGUGUGUUUGUAUGUGUGUGUCUGUUUAGUUUGUAGUUAGUUGCAACAUGAAUCGACCUUCGAGUGGCCAUCGAUUGGUAGCAUUUCUGCUACCACUUUUGCUCGCCCAAACCGCAGUUCGAAUCCAUUCCCUACCCAUCCCGAGCAUACUCGACGAUGACAGUGAUUACGAUGAUAGCUACGAAUACGACUACGACAUAGUGUUCGAUCAGCGUCAGAACGGAACCGCCAACGUACACGUGUCGGUCGAUGGCGUUAUGCUUGCGCUCCCCGCACCAGAAAUGCCACCAUCCGCUUCGCUUGCCGGGGCGACCCUGCUGGAUCUGUUCGCGUCACAGCUUGCAGCGGCCGGUGAUGGAUCCGAAGACGACAGCUCGGAAGAAGCGUACGGUACCAUAUCGGGAUCGUCCUCUUCUUCCUCCACUGGCACGAGCUCGCCGUCUUCGACUACUGCGGCCUCCCUCAGUACUACCACAACGACGGUGGCUCCCUCUGCCAGCCCCGUGAUCGCUAGUGAUCCCUUCCCGUAUCAAGCAUUGCCUGCGAAUCUUCCCGCCAGCCUGCUCGGCCAGGGACUGUCGUUCUUUUUCAACCCAAAACAGGGCGAAAUUCCGUUCCGUCUUAAUGCCGGCGGUGGGUCAACGAAACCGGCUGCUGCUGCUGCCAUUCCGAUCGUGAUAACCAAGCUGGACAAAGCGCCCGGCGUGAGGGAUACAGAGUCGGCCGAAUCGAACGAGGAUAGCCGUGAGGUUGAGGAGCCGGCAGUGCAGCAAACGGUCAGCAAACAGCAGGGUGGAAAGAGGAAGCGCAAGCAUAAGCGGAAGUAUAAGGUGCGCGUGGCUAACCUGCUGAGACCGUUGCUGAAGCGAACUGUUCUUGUACAGUGAGGUGCCUUCCGCUUUUCUGGAAUAAGUUUGUGAUAAGACACGUUUCUACUGGGGACUCCUUGAGGACUGGGAUCGCAAUGCUCAACUAACCUUAAAGCAUUAAGCAACAAUGCAUUUACGCUAAUACUUAUAUCCAGUAUUUCAGCUGCGGGGUAAAAUACGUAAAUAAAGCAAUUAA